AUGGGGGCAGGUGAGGAAAGCAAAUAUUGUCCAGUGUCUGUGUGGCUGUAUUUAGUCUCUGCUCCUCGUGGAAGUUGUCAGGCGGACCAGUUUAACGGACAGGGCAACAGCCACAGCAGUCUGUCCUCAGGAGUUUCGGGAGCCGGGUACACCACCUUCAACCAAGCCGCCGUCAACGGGCCCGGACGUGCAAUGCCAGGAUACCCCAGCUCUCCUCUCCCAGGAAACCCCACUCCUCCCAUGACCCCCGGCAGUUCGAUGACCCCAUAUUUGUCCCCUGGCCAAGACGUCAAGUCGCCCUUCCUUCAUGAUGUCAAGCCCAAUAUUAACUCUUUGCAGCCCCCUACAGGAAACCCCAGUGAUGACCUGCGCCUGACCUUCCCUGUACGGGACGGGGUGGUGUUGGAGCCCUUUAGAUUGGAGCACAACCUGGCUGUCAGCAACCACGUCUUCCAGCUGCGAGACUCCGUGUAUAAGACCCUUAUGAUGAGGCCUGACCUGGAGCUGCAGUUUAAGUGCUAUCACCAUGAAGACCGGCAGAUGAACACUAACUGGCCGGCAUCGGUGCAGGUGAGCGUCAACGCCACGCCUCUCACCAUUGAGCGCGGGGACAACAAGACCUCCCACAAACCCCUUUACCUGAAGCAAGUGUGCCAGCCAGGACGCAACACCAUCCAAAUAACAGUCACGGCCUGCUGCUGUUCUCAUCUGUUCGUGCUGCAGCUGGUUCACAGGCCGUCUGUGCGCUCCGUGCUGCAGGGUCUGAUGAAGAAGAGGCUCCUGCCAGCGGAGCACUGUGUCACUAAGAUUAAGAGGAACUUCAGUAGCGGUACCAUCCCAGGAACUCCCGGCCUCAAUGGCGAGGAUGGUGUGGAACAGACGGCCAUCAAGGUGUCGCUCAAGUGUCCGAUCACCUUCCGACGCAUCCAGCUUCCUGCCAGGGGCCACGACUGCAGACAUAUACAGUGCUUCGACCUGGAAUCGUACCUGCAGCUCAACUGUGAGAGAGGAACUUGGCGUUGUCCUGUGUGCAAUAAAACAGCCCUUCUGGAGGGGCUAGAAGUGGACCAGUACAUGUUGGGCAUUCUGAUCUACAUCCAGAAUUCGGACUAUGAGGAAAUCACCAUUGAUCCGGUGUGCAGCUGGAAGCCGGUCCCGGUGAAACCAGACCUGCAUAUUAAAGAGGACCCAGAUGGCCCUGCCCUGAAACGCUGUCGCACCAUGAGCCCUAGUCAUAUGAUCUUGCCCAGCGUCAUGGAGAUGAUUGCAGCUUUAGGCCCAGCCUCCUCACCCUACCAGUCUAUGCCACAAGGUGGCAGCAGCAGCACGCCUGAUUAUCCCAUCCAAGGAGGCUCAGGAUAUUCCAACCAACCAGGCUUCUCAGAUUUCCCCAAUGCCCCCGGCACACCGACCCUGGGGGAGUUUGCCUCUGGGCCGCCCCCUCUCUCCUACCAGUCUGACCUGCCGAGUGGCCUCCUUACCCCUGAAAAACCUGUGGGACACCCGAUGUCAGGACAGGUGCCCCACUCUAGUCGCAUGGACCCUUCCCACAAUCCCCUUCAACAACAGCAGCAUCAACCUCUCCAUGGUAACUCCAACAUGGGUGGCCCCGGUGGACCCAUGCACUCCCGCAACUCCUCCCAGAAUCCCCGGAUGCACACAGACAGCUUUGGCCUGGGGGGCCCCGGGGGACCCGGCGACAUUUCAGAGCCGGCUCUUGAUCUUCUCCCAGAGCUGACAAACCCAGAUGAGUUGCUGUCUUACUUGGGUCCUCCAGACCUUCCCAACAACAGUAACGAUGACCUGCUCGCUCUGUUCGAGAGCAACUGAGCCCCCCGUCCCGCUCAUUCAUCAGUCGCACAUCGCCGUCCAACAUACAGCCUCCUGACCCCUCACACUCCCGGCUCGUCGAGGGGAGUUUUGGGAACAGAUAUCCGAUUACGUCUUUGCACUGUUUCCUCCUGAGACUGGAAUGCAGUGACUCGUGGGAAGGUGCAACGAAGAUCUUUUUUUGUUUGACUUUUCCUCCUGUGACAAUGUUACUGUUUGUCUGCUUCUCUGAACUCUGUGGAGAUUUUAUUGUGAAUUUCAGUUUGAAAGAGUUCCCGCUCUUCUCUCGAAUCAUUUGUAGAAAGACUCCUCAUCUUACAUCGGACUCGUGUGGUGUAAAUGACAUUGUGUGGGGUGGGUCAUUGUUUGUUUUUUUUUCAUUGCAGCUCCUGUUUUAAAUCUAAAUUAGAUGAGGAAUUCACUUCAGUGUUGAUCUAAAGUACUACACUUCAGAAAUCACACGGGGAAAGCCAAAGUGUCUCUGUUGUAACUUGAAGAAAACAAACACGGAUAAAUGUAAUUCUCUUAAUAAACAGGCAGACUUUUUAUUUCUAUUUUA